UGCCAAUACUGUCAUAAUUACAUUGUCAAUAUUCAUUUCGUAUAGUAAACAUGUUAAAUUCCGUUUGUAAGAAGCACUUGGUCAAGGUUUUGUAAUUUUAUUUGUCAUAUCAAAUUACACUUUUAGAUAAAUCAUAAAAGCUUCUGAAAAUGAGCAGUGAUCAAGCUCCUAUUCUGCAUGUAAUUGUGGUCGGUUUUCACCAUAAAAAAGGCUGCCAAGUCGAGUUCUCGUUUCCACCUCUUGUACCAGAUUGCCCUAAUGAAUGCCCCCCUGGAUGGAAAUAUUUACCAACUCUUGCUUUACCUGAUGGAUCUCACAAUUUUGAUGAGGAUACUGUGUAUUUUCAUUUACCAAGCCUUACUAAGCCAAAACAAACCAUAUAUGGGAUAUCAUGUUUUAGGCAAAUACCAGUUGAGAAACUCAAGAAUAAAACUUCAGACAUAACAAGAGGAACAGUGCAAAAGUCUGUUUGUGUUCUGAGUAGAAUACCUUUAUUUGGUCAAAUUCAAGUUAAAAUGUCGUUAAUAACACAUGCCUACUUUGAGGAGGGUGAUUUUAGUAAAAUUUCUAUUUUGGAAGAUACUUACCAUCAUUUGAAUUCAGUUUUGAUGCACAGUGAUUUGAAGCAGCAGUUAUUUGUUGAUUUAUCUGCUAGAGAUUUCGUUCUACAGUGGAAGCAUAAGGCCUUACUCUUGUUCAAAUUAUUACUUCUUGAAAAACGAACAGUUUUCUUCAAGUCACCUGUUCAUCCCCUUUGUUGUAACAUUUUAACAUUAGUUUCACUAUUUCCUCAUAUGCUUGAAGAUGGAUUGGAAGAAUCUGCUUGUGUUAGGCUCUCAAGACCUAUGUCGCCAAUGCCUCAGCUGUCCGAUGAUGAACUUUCUCCAACAACCAUAAAGGAGUUCUCAAGUCUACAAAUAAAGAUCGAGAAAGAACCUAUUAUUGAGAAAACAGGUGAAAGUGACCAUGAUGAUGGUGUCAAUGAUAUUUCUCCUGAGAUUGGUGAGGAACUAGGUGAACCCAACAAGAUGGAUGGUCAAAAUUCUAGCUCUGAAAGUGUGAAUGAUAAUGCUCGAAGGGAAUCCAGCAAUUCUGAUUUGGUGUCUCCUGAUGUAGCGCACAGAAAUAUGUCCUUUUUGGCGCAUUUAUCUAGUGAAACCUGUGGCUUUCCUCUUUAUAUCUUCACUAAAGGAUUUCUUUGCUUACCUUACCUCUCACUUCCAUAUCUAGAUCUUUUGACAGAUGUUAAUGUUAGGGGGUAUGUGGUGGGCGCCACCAAUAUACUCUUCAAGCAGAAACAUCAGUUGUAUGACGUCCUUGUUGAUGUGGAAACCAGCAAGAUUGAAUGCCAAGACAUGGAAUUGAGGAAAUUGUUGCAUCUAACCACUGAGGAUUUGAGGUUUGCUGAUUACAUAGUUAAACAUGUUGCCGAAGAGAAACAGGAUGUUUUUUUGGAUGGGGUGGGUUGGGAAGGUGGUGAUGAGUGGAUCAGAACUCAGUUCAGGAUAUAUCUAAUGUGCCUGAUGAGAACGUCACUCAUACACGAUAAUUGUAUAGAGGUGAAUCACUUCAAUUUCAAUUUUGUAACCGCUUGGAGAGAGACUCAUAACUACAAAAUGUGGCUAAGUGGUAUAAAUCCAGGUAUUUUGGACGUCUCUGCCGGUCAUCCUUUUGCUGGGCAACUUUCUGUAUCGGAUAUGAAGCUGAGAUUUGCACACACUAUGCAAAAUUCAGAAAGUGGAAGGAAAAUUAAUCAGGCAAUGAUUUCUACUGGUAAAGCUGUAGCUACAACCAGUAAAGCAGUAGGCGGUGCAAUAUCUCAAGCCAAAGGGGCAUUUUCAAGUUGGUGGAAUAACUUAUUAGUGAGUCCUGAAUCUAUACAGAAAGAUUCAGAAGAAACUGAAGAUCUCGAUAACUCUAAAUUUGAGAUAGUAAAUAAAGAACAUAAGUUAUCCAAUAUUGUUGAUAGCAAUGAGAACAAUAGAAAUGGUGUAAUCAAAACUGUGGAUAUGACUGAAACAAAAAUUUUGAAUGAAAAUGAUUUUCAUCAUCCUGGAGAAGUGCACACUGUUUGAAAGGAUAUUCGUUUGAUUGGAAUAACAUUUCAGCAGCGUAUUCCUCUCGUAAACCAAAGUUUCUAAUACAUUCAUCGGUUUUCUUAUUCAAUCAAAGAAGGUUCACAAUCUUUUGAAUCAAUUUUUAGACUGCCUCGUUUUAUUGUAUAGAACGGAGAAAAUAUUAGAUUUAGAAUAGUUGUAAAUAUGUGUAUGUUGUAAAAAAGUGAUUCCACAGUUUAAUAACAAUUCGAAAAAUUUUGAAUCUAUUUGAUUCCGAGAGGAAUAAUGUGAGUGUGAAUAACUUGAAUAUUUAUUCGAAUUUUCAUUGAGUAACAUAUUUCUGAAAUAUCCUGCCACAAGCUUGCUUUUUUUCAAAUUUUGGUGGUUGAUCGAGAAAAUAUAUGCAUAGUCAACAUGAUUUUAUUUCAGAAAUCAUUACAUUUUCUUAAAAAAUAUUCUCCAUGGAUUAUUAUUCUGUCAACUGAUAUGAGCUCUCAUAUGAGGGUGUUUUAAUAAAGAUUUCUUCAUUUCAUCAGCUCUACUAUUCGUCAGUAUUAUAAAAUUCCUAGGUGUUUUAGAUUCAUAUUUAUUCAUUAAUUUUCAUUUAAAUCUGUCAAUUGAAACCAAGCCUCCCCACUGCAAAAGGCUGAAAUUAGAUUAAUCAGUAAUUAUGUGCAAUCUUUCAAUAUAUACAGGGUGUUUCAAAUAUUUUGGAAUGAUAUAAUCGCACCUGUAGGACGGAAAUAGUGCCACUCUUAUUUUCCAGGACUACCAUGUUUGAAUAUUGAGUUCCUGGUAUAUUUUUCGUGAUAUCUUUGUUUAGAGCGUAGAUUUUAGAUCAGUAUAUAUCAAUAUUAUUAUUGAAAUAUUCGUACUUAAGGUAAAGACAUUUAUUUUUUGUUUAUAUUCAGUUGAACGUUUCAAGAUGAUGGAACUUUUUUCAAUUUGUAUAUAUUUUAUAGUAUAAUUUUUAGGUUAUUAGAGAUUAUACGAUUGUAUGAUUUUUUGAAUGUGCUGCUCAACACUACUCUCCCAAAAUUCAAUGGAGCGUGGUUUUGUUUCCACUGAAAGUUAACCAGCUGUGAAUUAUACCCUAAAAUGAUUAUUCAAUCAAAUUUUUGUUAAUAAAUUUUUUAUUGUU